CCCUUCCAAAACCAAUAUGCCGCACCUUAAGCAACGUCGUACUGCCAUAUAUCGUGUCGUUUGACUCAUUUCGUGAGAGGCUCGCUCGCGCAUCCAACCGGGCCUUGGUUCCCCGCCUCUUUCAUUUCCGAACGCCAACCGCCAAUCCGCCAUGGAUGAUACCGAAGUAAAAUCCUGAAUCCGUCGCACCUUCAUAUGUGUUUGAUCUGUACUUAACGAUUUGAAUACCUGUAGAGAAUGGAGGAGGCAUUGAAAGCGGCAUACGCGGAGGUCAUUCUGAACACUGUGAAGGAGGCAGCAGCCCGAGUGAUGGGAUCGGAGCAAAAAGCUCGUCGCUUGGAGAAGGAUCUCCAAUCCACCAAGGACGAGUCAAUUCGAUUGCUCCUCCGAUUGAAACUCAUGGCAGAUGCUAAGGUAAAAGAGGCUGAAACUUCGGCCAUGAAUCAGCAAAGAAGGAUUGAUGAGCUAGAAGCUCAGCUCAAUGAAGCUGAAGGUCUGGUAUUAGAGCUCAGAGAAGAACUUAACACCGUAAGGGAGGAAUUUGAUGAAACAAAGGAGAAGAAUAAAACGAAGAAGAAGAAUGUCAAGGAUGAUCCUGUUUUAAGCUCUAUGAUAAUGAAAUGCAAAGAGGCUGUGAUGUACCGAAGUCCUUUCACCCAAAGGAUUUGUGCAGUAGAGAUGAGCUCACCAGAUGUGAACUUGAACACCGAAGAUGAUCCAUGCUUUGCUGUAAAUAUUAAACCGGUCAGAGAAUGUGGCGAAACAAAGAAAACUGAGAAUCAUAUAGAUCAGGCUGGAGUUGGACUGAUUCAAGGGAGUGUUAAAAAGAAUAGGCCAGCAAGUUUCCAUGGAGAAACUAAAAGAAAAAGUCAUCUCGGAGAAAAAGUGCAGAAAAACAAUGGUCAGUCUUUCCUGGUUCGCAGAAGUGCCAGGAAGAGAAAAAUAAAGUACUGGGAUGUUAAUGCUUCUGUGUGGAGGUCUGAUGACUAUCACUCUAAUCAGUCAAGAAAACAUUCCCGGCCAUGUAGCAUGCCCAGACUAGUCAAGUGCAAUGUCAAGUCCAGUGAAGACUAUAUGGAAUCAAAUACUGCUCCUGGGGUUAAGGAUCAUGUGCACAAGUUGGACACAGAACCAGAUGUAACUGACAAUGAAUCUGAGAAGGCAUCUCAAAGAAGCUAUAUGACUUCAGAUCAAGCCAAUGCAGAGGGGCAACUCAAGUACACAUUCUUUAGGAAGAGAAAGAAGGAUUCUUUAACCAAUCCAAAAGAAAACUCUUCUGGAGAGAAACUAUAUACUCAUGUGACACAGCAGGAUUCUAGUGUGAUUGGUGAUGAUUCACCGAGGAAAAACAGACAGCUGGUGCAGAUUGCUAACCAGCUUAUUUCAUUGUCUGGCAAGCUGUCAUAAAGUAGUGUGAAGGAAUUAUUUCAAAUUGAUGAGAUGUGAUGAAGCAACCGUGUCAAAAAGAUGAUCGGACACAUUCAUGCCUGUUGUCUUUUUUAUGGCGCACCAGCUUGCGUAAGUUAAUGUUUUGCGCUUAUGUAAUGUAAUACUAUUAGUGCAUAAUGGGGCUCUCUGAUUUUUUGUUUUUUAUGUCAACUUUAUUUUUCAAAUAAAUUCCUUUAUAAAAUAUAUACAUGAAGUUGUUUUACAGCUAGAGAGCUGAACACAGCUUUUUCCCGGAAUCCCAAUGUCAAUCCUGAGUAGGGGAUGACGCAGUCCAGUUUUGGUUGCAAACAAGGUGGUGUGGUCCAGCCUAGCUGGUUGCGAGGUUACCGUGCCUAGCGAGAGGUCUCGUGUUCGAAUCCCGCUAGGCACACAAGGGUGUGAAACUCAAUGGAGUGAGUUUCAGCCCUGAUUACUCCAGGCUCCCCCCAGCCCCCCUCCCCCAGACCCCCCCUGGAGUAAAACAAAAAAAAAACAAGGUGGUGUGGUCCCCAAUCACAAUAACCUUAACUGGGAACUGAUUUUAACUGAUUCGAUUCCCGCUUUGCUCUAACCAAAUGUUCUGGAUCCAGUUAGAACCGCAUUAUUACUGUUAAAUGAGGACUGGAAACGGAUGAAUCUGGGAUUUUUUCUGAGUAACUGGAAUGUAUUUUUACUUAUCAUGGUACCUGUUCCUGAUUGGAAUUUCGACCAGUUCUGGUCUGAUUCGGAUAUGGAACCUGGGGGGUUGUAUCCACUCCUGUUCCUGCGUACAUUUCAAUGUAUUUUACAAACAUGCUCUGAACUGGAUGUUGGUUCAAAGUGGCAUUGCAAUACAGGAUCAUUAAAGCAGUUUUCAAUGUUUUCUUUUGAAUUAAAAUUAAAAUCCAGUUGAAUUAUAAAGUUGUGCUGCUGCUAAAUAGUGAACUGUUGAAGGAAAGCAGUGAUAUGCUCUUCUCAAUUCAUAGAAAACCAGUCAAUCAACAAUCAACAAUAAGUAUAGAAUCAAUUGCCUAGUUUGAUUGAUACACAAUUGUAAUAGUCAUUAUCUUGACAGUUUUUGUAUCUAUAUUUAAUUACAGUCCCACACAUUAUCAAAAUUGCUCUCGUAUUCUCCCUUACCAAUCUUUCACUAGUGCAGCACCAAUACAGCACCACCAUUAUCAAUUCAAUUAACAAGACCGGAUUAGUACUCCAUAUUGCCUCAUCCAGUUUUAUCAACCAUUCUUUUAUUUGUUGAAUUGGCCUCCUCUAGUGCUCAAACUGGAUGUUAGUUACAGACCAUAGCAUUUUGACAUUUCUUGUCACUUCUUUUUCAUGCAUCUUUUACUCUGGUCAUUUUUUCUUGCAAGUUAUGCAACAAUGUCGGUUGGGGGUAAGGACUUGUGACUUGUCUAUUUUGAAGACGGCCUUCAUUGCAUAUUUGCAUUCGCUGCAGCAACCUUCCGGGUAGACUCCCCCUCGCCCUGCAUGGCCUACCAAGCUUAUAUUUUCAGCCUCUUGACCAUGACCUCAAGCUUCGGUCACCCCUCGUACAUAUACUACAAGGCAUUUCUUUAUACCGAGCUGUGACUAGGAGCUUCUCAGACUCGGUUUGAAAGGAGGGAUGUCCGGAUAUCUCUAUCUUAUGAGCUUCAAGGUGCGAAUCAAACUUACCUGGAAUUCGAUGAUAUGAGCUGCCUCUUCCAUGGCGCCAUCAUGCUCCCUUCUAUAGUAACCCGUUGAGCAAACAGCUCGGCACCCAUUUUCAGUUUAAUAUGAAACGAUUUUAAAAUUGUAUAUUUGAAAUUGUAUUGGGUACGUAACUGUUUAUAUUUAGAAACAGAUUUUUUUUUAAAAAAAAAUUGUAGUUUAGACAGAAAUAGUACAGAAAAAGUAGUCAAUGAUGUAAGGGUUUUAAGUAUGAUAGUUAGCUAAGUUAGCUUGCCUUUUUAGUCUGUUCUUGCAAGAUUGGGCCCUAUUUUUUUUAGGAUUUUCUCCGCUUAAUGGGC